AUGGAAGAUCGGUCGGAACUGAAAAACACUUCUGCACUGUCGGCUUUAACCUCAAACGGGAAAAUGUGUGGAAAGAACGCAGCAUUAACUCCGAGAUGCGCUUUUUGCUCAGCAGACCAUUGGAGUGAUAAAUGUUUAAAAUUUACGACAUUAGAACAACGGCGGAACCGAGCUCGAGAAGUGAAAGCUUGUUAUAAAUGUUUGAGAAGAGGUCAUAUAGCAAAGGACUGCCGUGAACAAAGAGGUUGUUAUCGGUGCAAGAGACCUCACCACGUGGCAUUCUGCAGACAAUUCUUGCAGCGAAAAGAAAAAGCCAAAGUGACGGUUGGAAUCUAUUUAAAAACUGGAAUAAUGGAGAAGAUUGAAUGCAACACAAUGCAGCGUUUGAAUCAGAAAAUGCAAGCCGUGACGGUAUCGGCUCACGAAGUCAAAGAAUUAUGGAAAGGUAAAACAGAGGAUUGGAAAAGAAAGGAAUUAGAACCUGAUAUGUUAAUUGGAAUCGACUAUUUCUUUAAAUUUGUCAGACCACAGGAAAUGCAUAAUCUCAAAUCCGGAUUUUUGCUGUUGGAUACACCUGUGGGAUACAUGUUAGCUGGCAAAGGUACUCUUGAAGGGACGGUCGGAGAUGCAAGCGAGAGCAACCAAAUGAACACGGUUCAAGUAUACAGCGUCUGCAAUGAACAAGAAUCUCCAGCGGACCCAGUGAAUCAGUUUUGGAAGUUAGAACUUUUGGGAAUUGAGGAAUCGUCCAGUGAGACGGAUGAUGAAGCUGCACUGAAACAAUUCAAAAGAAAUAUUAAAUGGGUAAAUGGACGUUAUAGCGUCAGGCUGCCGUGGAAGACGGCGGAUCCUCAUUUGCCGAGUAAUUUUGGAUUAGCUUUCGGACGAUUAAGAAGUCUUUUGACAAAAUUGCAGUGAAA